AGAUGGGAACAGUUGAAAGCCUAUAUGUGGAAGUUGUUGUUACUCUUUGGCUGCCUGCUGCCUGGCCAUCAGGUGGGGGCGGCAUUCCUACAAGAAUGUCAGGGAGUGAUCAUUAAUAAGGUGACAAAUCCCGACCAGUCGUGCAGCGAGUUCGUUCACUGUAACGGAGACGAUUCCUACUACUGUAAUGGGGAUUGCCUGGAGCCUGUCUAUUGCUAUGGUGCAAAUGAAGAACAAAUCGUUUCCCCUGCACCAGAGCCCGCUGUACCGGAAAACCCCAAGCCAGAUAGCACAUCUGCCCCAACGACAUCGAGUCCUCGCCCAUCAUAUACGAUUAGCCCUACUUCAGCAGCCUCAACAGCCUCAACAGCCUCAACAGCCGCACCAGCAGUAGCAGCAACAACCAUUUCGAGCACCGAUGUCCAUGUAAUCUGCAAGACGAGCGGCCGAAACAAGGUCUAUCCCUACCCGGCCAAUAUUAACUACUACUAUCAAUGUAUGGGGGAUUUUCUCCUUAUCCAGCAGUGCCCGCAGAAUUUUCAUUUCGAUGCCGCGCAAGAACAAUGUAUUGCGACAAAACCUUAUCGCAUGAUACGGCUAUUCAUGUAAGAUUCCCCAGAGAGUCGUUAAUAAAGAAGAUACCAACCGUGUUCCUAAGCAAAUUAAAUUCCUAUACUCGU